AGUUAGGAUGUUGUAAAGUAUUAAAUGAAUUUGGUUUGGAACGUGUGAAAAAUACAGAUUUAUAAAACUAGUUUACCCAGUGCACGUAUUGUUUUGCUUUAAAUGUUACUUGUUUUUCGCAAUGGCCAGUGGGUCAUCAAAUGAUACCCAAUCAACAAUUGCCCAGAAAACAUGGGAGAUGACCAAUAAUAUCGAAACCAUUAGCAGUGUUGAUGAAAUAUACCGUUAUGACCGAAAACAGCAACAAGAUAUACUUGCUGCUAAACCAUGGGAAAAAGAUCCACAUUUUUUCAAAGAUAUCAGGAUCUCAGCUCUUGCUCUGCUCAAGAUGGUAAUGCAUGCCCGAUCUGGUGGCACACUCGAGGUGAUGGGUUUGCUCCUGGGAAAAGUAGAUGCUAAUACAAUGAUGGUAAUGGACUCCUUUGCUCUCCCAGUGGAAGGCACAGAGACUAGAGUUAAUGCACAGGCACAAGCAUAUGAAUACAUGACGGCAUACAUUGAAGCAGCAAAACAGGUUGGUCGACUAGAGAAUGCCAUUGGCUGGUACCACAGCCAUCCAGGAUAUGGCUGCUGGCUCUCAGGCAUUGAUGUGUCCACGCAGAUGCUCAAUCAAAACUUCCAGGAGCCUUUUGUUGCCAUUGUAAUUGAUCCUGUCCGAACGAUUUCUGCAGGCAAAGUUUGUCUUGGGGCUUUUAGAACAUAUCCAAAGGGAUAUAAGCCUCCAAGUGAAGAACCAUCAGAGUACCAAACUAUACCUCUCAACAAGAUUGAAGACUUUGGUGUUCACUGCAAGCAGUAUUAUUCUCUUGAAGUGACAUACUUCAAAUCUUCUUUGGAUCGUCGCCUGCUGGAUUCUUUAUGGAAUAAAUACUGGGUGAACACGCUGAGUUCAUCUAGUCUUUUGACUAAUGCAGAUUAUACCACUGGCCAGAUCUUUGAUCUCUCUGAUAAACUUGAGCAGUCCGAGGCCGCUCUUGGACGUGGAGGCUUCAUGCUGGGUGGAGCUGACCCUCAUGAGAAAAGAACAGAAGACAAGUUGUUGAAAGCGACAAAGGACAGCUGCAAAACUACCAUUGAAAUUAUCCAUGGCCUUAUGGCUCAAAUGAUUAAGGAUCGCCUUUUCAAUCAUGUCAAACCAAAAUAUGAAACGUAAAAUAUAAUACCAUAUAUGAUGCAUUUUUUAACACUUAGUUUCAAGGAAUUUGUAUCACCUUAUGAUCUGGCAACAAGAACUGGACAGCAUAAUGCAGUAUAAUUAGCAUGUUUAUAAGUUUGUAUACUAUCCCAAAAUGGCAAAAAAAAAAUCGAGCACAUUUGAUGUAAUGUGCCAACAAAACAAAGGAAAUAGUUCACUAGAAAUAAAUUGUUUCAGUAUUUC